AUGUUCCCGGCAGCCACGGCAAUCACGUUUCAGGCCACCGUGGAAAAAACGGGAUGGGCUAACUUGUUCUGGACGGCACCAGAGUUGUUGGCUGGCUGUAAGACGCUGGAUCAAGUGAGAUGUGGAACCAAGGCAGGAGAUGUGUACUCUUUUGCCAUAAUCAUGGCAGAAAUGUGCACACGAGAAGAACCGUACACAAAGGAACUGGGCUACCUAGACCCUGAUCAGAUCCUCCAGCUGGUUCUAGAUAAGGAAUCUCAGGAGGCUGCCACAGCUAAAAAGACCUGGUACAAGAAUGGAGGAGAUACGACCAAACAUUUCCGACCUGACGUAGAAGACUGUUAUCUCCCAGAGGAAUAUGCCGCCAGAUCAGGCUUGAGAAGGUUGUUUGCACAAUGCUGGAACAAUAGACCUGAUAUUAGACCAACAUUUAGACAAACUCUAGAUAGACUGAAUGAAAUUUACCCUGUCAAGGGGGAGUUGAUAGACAAUCUUGUCAACAUGCUGGAGAAGUACUCCAGUAAUUUAGAAGCCAUUGUGGCAGAGAGGACAAGAGAAUUAGUGGCAGAGAAGGCCCGGACAGAGGAAUUAAUCAGUCAAAUGUUACCCAAGAAAGUGGCUGAGGAUCUCAAGCAUGGCAAAACGGUGGAGCCCGAGGCUUUUGAAUGUGUUACCAUAUACUUCAGUGACUUGGUAGGCUUUACAGCCAUCGCUCGUGACAGUACGCCGUUCCAGGUCGUCACACUUCUCAAUGAUCUCUAUACUUGUUUUGAUGCUAUUUUGGACCACUAUGAUGUGUACAAAGUAGAGACCAUUGGUGAUGCAUAUAUGGUUGUCAGUGGUUUACCAAUCAGAAAUGGUAAUCUUCAUGCUGGAGAGAUUGCUACAAUGUCCCUAGAAUUACUCUCUGCUGUACUGACUUUUAAGAUCAGGCACAUGCCAGAGAAGUUCCUGCAGCUACGAUGUGGAAUGCAUUCAGGCCCAUGUGUUGCUGGAGUGGUCGGACUUAAGAUGCCGCGGUAUUGUCUGUUUGGGGACACAGUUAACACAGCAUCAAGAAUGGAAUCCAGCUCAGUCGCUCUGAGAGCCCACAUGAGUCAGAGUACAGCCACCAUUUUAGAAGAGUUGGGAGGGUAUCAUCUGGAGUGUAGAGGAGAGAGAGAAGUCAAGGGAAAAGGAAUAAUGAAAACCUAUUGGUUAAAUGGAAAAGAUGGAUUUGAUAAAGCAUUACCAGGGAGAGAGCUAGCAGUCUCACUAUCUCAACACGAGUUCAAGUAGACUUAACAAUGGAUCGAAGCUAGUGUAUUAACUUCUGAUGGAAUGGAAGAAAUAUUUGGCCGGCUGUAAAGAAAUCCCC